UCUCCUCUCCUCUCCUCUCUCUCUCUCUCUCUCUCUCUCUCUCUCUCUCUCUCUCUCUCUCUCUCUCUCUCUCUCUCUCUCCCUCACCCCGUGUCCCUCCCUCUCCCCUCCUUCUCUGUCCUUCCUUCCCCAGUCAGUCUCUUCCAAUCUCCUCCUUUCUCUCUUCAUUUCCCUCAGGUAAUUCCUCUCAGAAACUUGUACGAACUUGUUUUUGACUGACAGUGAACAGCAAGAGUGUUUCUUCACUUUGAAAAACCCUCAGCACCUACCUUUCCAAGGCACCCUGGAUCACUUCCUUGCCUGGUCUUAAUUUCCUGCCCACCCAGGAGCCUGCACUGGGCACUCAGCAGGCCAUAGCAGAGCCCCAUGGUAGCCAGGUGGGAGAAGGGGAGCGAGGACGAGCCACUUGCCCUGCAGAAGAUUCCUGACCUACAGAGUGGUCCAAAGAGCCCUAGGAUGGAUGCCAUUCACAUUGGCAUGUCCAGUGCCCCACUGGUGAAGCAUACCAAUGGGGUUGGACUCAAGGCCCAUAGGCCCCGAGUCAUGUCGAAGAGUGGACACAGCAAUGUGAGAAUUGACAAGGUAGAUGGUAUCUAUUUGCUCUACCUCCAGGACUUGUGGACAACGGUCAUCGACAUGAAGUGGCGAUAUAAGCUCACCCUGUUUGCUGCCACCUUUGUGAUGACCUGGUUUCUGUUUGGAGUGGUCUACUAUGCCAUAGCUUUUCUUCAUGGUGACUUAGAACUUGGGGAAUCGAAUUCUAACCACACACCCUGCAUUAUGGAAGUGGACUCUCUCACAGGAGCAUUCCUCUUUUCCUUGGAAUCUCAGACCACCAUUGGCUAUGGGGUUCGUUCCAUCACAGAGGAGUGUCCCCAUGCUAUCUUCCUUUUGGUUGCCCAACUAGUCAUCACCACCUUGAUUGAGAUCUUUAUUACAGGGACCUUCCUGGCCAAAAUUGCAAGACCCAAAAAGCGAGCUGAGACCAUUAAAUUCAGCCACUGUGCCGUCAUCAGCAAGCAGAACGGGAAGCUAUGCCUGGUUAUCCAGGUGGCCAACAUGAGGAAGAGUCUCUUGAUUCAGUGCCAGCUCUCCGGAAAACUCCUGCAGACGCAUGUCACCAAAGAAGGAGAGCGCAUUCUCCUCAACCAGGCCACCGUCAAAUUCCAUGUGGACUCCUCUUCUGAGAGUCCCUUCCUCAUCCUGCCCAUGACCUUCUACCACGUGUUGGAUGAGACAAGCCCCCUGCGGGAUCUCACACCCCAGAACCUAAAGGAAAAAGAGUUUGAACUGGUGGUGCUUCUCAAUGCCACUGUGGAAUCCACCAGUGCAGUCUGCCAGAGCCGGACGUCUUACAUCCCAGAGGAGAUCUACUGGGGCUUUGAGUUUGUGCCUGUGGUUUCCCUCUCCAAAACCGGAAAGUACGUGGCUGAUUUCAGUCAAUUCGAGCAGAUCCGGAAGAGCUCGGAUUGUACCUUCUACUGUGCAGAUUCUGAGAAACAGAAGCUUGAAGAGCAGUACAGGCAGGAGGACCAGAGGGAGCGUGAGCUGAGGAGUCUCCUGCUGCAGCAGAGCAACGUCUGACCCCGGCCAGCCUCUGGGCAUCUCAUAACCAGGGCUCCUCUCAAAAGCAAUGGUUGCCGUGAACAUGGGAUGGGUGGUCCUGAUACAAACCACACAGACAUACAUGGCCAUCUUCCCCUUUGUUCUGGUAGCUGAACAAGUAUUUCUGAAUAUAAAAGGAUGCUUUCAGAGUGCCUGGUCAGAGGUGAACACUCAAAUUCAGAUUUUCCCCCUAAAAUGGAACUCUAUAUUGAAGAACUGAGUGUAGGAAGACGGAGAGGAUUCCUGUUGGAGGGCAGACACAUAGCAAUGCUGAGAGUGAAUGGCAUAUGUGUCUAUUCAAGAACAUCUGCUUAUAAUGCAAAGUAUUUAUUUAAUCCACCUAACAAGGGCGUUGGUGGCUGAGGUCUGAGGUGGAAUUUCGCUAUUUUCCCUUAGCACUGCUUAAGAACGCACUCCUCCUCACGGUUAUCUGGUGAUGACCAAAAAAAUGUUGGGAAAAGACUUAAAGCUUGCAGAGUCCAGUCGUUUUAAUUUUACAUUCUUCCACAGACUUAAUUGUGUGGAGUGAACAUAAUCAAAUCAGGAAUCAAGACUUCAGAAAAUAACGUCCAUAUCUUGAUUCUAUGGUCACCUUCACUUCCGGGGGAAGCAUGUAUCACCCUCUUUUUCCUUCAAAAUGUCCUUCACAGACAAGCCAAACAGCACCAUUUAGGGACAUAUUGGCAACACACACACACACACACACACACACACAGUCAGGUUUCAGCCAGGCUUACAGAAGCAUCAGUGUUGCAGGCUCUGAGUAAUGUUUUCAAUGUCGUUUGUCUAGAUCCACAUGGAAAAAACAGUGUGUGAGUUCCACGUCCAUGUGUCCUCCAGGUCUGCCCUCCAUCAGUGUUAUCAGUCGACACAUCCAUCUCUCAGCUAUUUCAGCUUUUCCCCAUGACUGUACCUUGGCCACAGAGAAAUUGCGCAGAGUUACUAAUGUCUUAAGGAUGAGACAGUUCCCCGAGAGCUGUGACUGUCACAGUCGGGUUAAUUCAUGGACUGAAGACUACAGUCACCACAAAAACCUGAAACUAUGUCACAAAUAGGAAGUCUGCAUAGAUGCUGCAGUUUUCAGGUCAUGACACGGAGAAGAGGAGCCAAGGGAAAGAGGUGUUCGUGAGCAGGAGAACCCUUUGUGCAAGAGCCUAGAGCAAAUGUGUAGUCCAGCUCCGUGUUACAGGGGUAACAUUUUGCCUCGGAAAAAAUGUAAGAGUAUAACGCCUGUGUUUCCCUUGGAAAGAGAGCAAGCGGGCUAGGACUGGCUGAAUAGAUAAAUUCUGUGUGCUCAUUUUAUCAGGAG